UACCCAAAUAGACAUAAAUAUAUAUCUCUAUUCUUUUGCUAUAUAAACACCUUUGUGGAAGCAGAGAGCAGUAGUAGUACUACACACAAGAACAUAAAAUAAAUUCACUUCAUGUAAUGGCAGUGAAAGAAAGUAACACAGGCCAAAACCAAAAUAAUAACAAUAAUAAUACAAGUAGUAAUCAGCAGAAGCAAGAACAAGAAGGUUGUGAUCCUUGCAAGUCUUUUGGGCAGAAGUGUAGCCACCUUGUGAAGAAGCAGAGAGCCAAAUUCUACAUUCUACGCCGCUGCGUCGCCAUGCUUUUGUGCUGGCACGAGCGCGCCGACCACUGAAGAUUCUCAAGUCUCAACUCAAUUCAGGGCAGGAAGUAGAGCAGUAAAUUGGUCAAGUAUCAUCGUCUUUUAAUUUCUUUUUACCCUUUUAUUGUGAUCAUUAUUAUAAGAUUUGUGAAACAUAAAAUUGGGUACUAUGCCAUAAUAGUAGACAUUGUUACUUUUUAUGAUUGAUUCCUUAUCCAACUACAUUGUUCUGUGUGUAAUUAAUUAUGUGCAGCUAACAUGUGAGGAAGCGGGUAAGAUCCGUUUCAACUCUCAGAAUUAUUGCUGAGUAGAUCUCCCUUCAUGUCUUAGAGUUUUAUUAUUCUCAGCUC